UUCCUUUUAAGGCGGCAGCGGCAGCGGCAGCGCCUCAGUCUACAGUGUCCGGUAUCAGUCAGACCCACCGCGGCUUCCACACCGACCCUCGCCGUCUGCUGGAGCGGUAAACCCGGCAAAAGAGCUGCCUUCUCCUCCAGAGUCUUCAACAUUCUUCCAACUUACUGUUCACUCUGACUAAAUAAUCGUCAUGGCACAGCUGGCCGUGUUGGGGAAAAUGUUGGUGCGUCGACGCGUGCUGGACACCAGUGAGGAAGAAAAUCGCUUUGCUCGCUGCCUCUCUACUCUGGACCUCAUAGCCCUAGGAGUCGGGGCUACUUUAGGAGCUGGUGUCUACGUUCUCGCCGGGCAGGUGGCCCGGGAAAAGGCCGGACCAGCCAUUGUGCUUUCCUUCCUAAUUGCAGCUCUGUCCUCUGUGCUUGCUGGUUUGUGCUAUGCCGAGUUUGGUGCACGGGUACCUAAGACGGGGUCUGCUUAUCUGUACAGCUAUGUGACAGUGGGUGAAAUCUGGGCCUUCAUCACUGGAUGGAAUCUUAUUCUGUCCUAUGUGAUAGGCACAGCCAGCGUGGCCAGAGCCUGGAGCUCCACCUUUGACAAUCUAGUGGAACAGAAGAUCUCCACCUUUUUCAACAAUUCUAUGGCUAUUCCGGAUACUGGAGGAGUCCUUGCACAAUAUCCGGACCUGUUUGCGCUUAUUCUGAUUCUUUUACUCACUGGCCUGCUGGCAUUUGGUGUGAGUGAGUCGGCACUGGUGAACAAGAUCUUCACAGGGAUCAACCUGGUGGUGCUGGGUUUUGUCAUCAUCUCAGGCUUUGUGAAGGGUGACAUUGCCAACUGGAACCUAACUCUGGAAAACAUCAAAAACAACAGAAGCCCUUUGGUAACCGAGGGAAUCGACUUCGGCACUGGCGGUUUCGCACCAUUUGGCUUUUCAGGAAUACUAUCUGGAGCAGCAACCUGCUUCUAUGCCUUUGUGGGUUUUGACUGCAUUGCUACUACAAGUGAAGAAGCCAAAAACCCCCAGCGUUCUAUACCAAUAGGUAUUGUGGCCUCGCUGCUCAUCUGCUUUGUUGCUUACUUUGGAGUGUCUGCAGCCCUUACCUUGAUGAUGCCCUACUACAUCCUGGACACUAAGAGCCCACUGCCUGAGGCCUUCAAAUAUGUUCAAUGGGAUCCUGCCCGCUAUAUAGUGGCUGUAGGCUCUCUCUGCGCCCUUUCCACCAGCCUGUUGGGCUCCAUGUUCCCUAUGCCUCGAGUGAUCUUUGCCAUGGCUGAGGAUGGCCUUUUGUUCCGCUUCCUCUCCCGCAUGCACAAGAAAACAAAGACUCCUGUGCUUGCCACCAUUGUGUCCGGUGUUGUUGCAGCUCUGAUGGCCUUCUUGUUCGAUCUGGAUGCCUUAGUGGACUUAAUGUCAAUUGGGACCUUGUUGGCUUACACACUUGUGGCAGUAUGUGUGCUCAUCCUCAGGUACCAGCCAGGCAGCCUCAGCUCCAGCGCUCACAAGAUGGAACUUGAGAGGCUGACUGACAAGAAAACCAUAACUGACAGGGACAGUGGAGACGAGCAUGGACAAACGCUGGAGAAAAUGCCACCGAAGGGCACCUUCUCUGCCCGACUUCUACUGCUGCCCAACUCUCAGUUGCCCACCAAAAUAUCAGGCCUCAUUGUAUAUGCCACCACAGCCAUGACUUGUGUGUUAUUCACUCUGUUGUGUAUAGUGUUGGCAUUGUGGGGUGACAAUGUUGUAGAAGGGCAGCCUGUGUGGGUCACUGUGGUGGUUAGCCUGGUUGUCCUCUCAUCCAUCUGUGUCCUCGUCAUCUGGAGACAGCCCCAGAGCAACGAGGCCAUCACCUUCAAGGUGCCUUUGCUUCCUGUGUUGCCUUUGGUCAGUAUCUUUGUUAAUAUCUACCUCAUGAUGCAGCUGGAUGGACGAACUUGGAUUCGUUUUACAGUUUGGAUGGUUAUUGGCUUUUUGAUUUACUUUGCAUACGGAAUCAGGAACAGUUCAUCAGCUGAAAAACGUUCGCCCAGGAACUCUGAGCCCAUUCUGUAAGGAAAGAAACCUAUUUAUUCAGGGGAUGACAGUGAAGUUGAAGCGAACACACCCUAAGUGGAGAGGUGAAAUUCAUUAUAAAAUGUACAGCCUACAGAUUUACACACUUGCACAUUACAUUGCUGUGUAACCUGUAAUGGGUGGAUCUUUUGCCUACUUUGUUUGCUUUAAUUUUGGGGAAGGGGGGCAAAUUAAUUUGUUUGUAAAGUACAUUAUGCAUAAUGCUACAUUCUAAAAGUGGAUUACCUCUGGAAAGUGUUCAGCAAGUGCCACAAGAUAACUUUACGGGACAGAAGAGAACCAUUGAUGCUGCUAUGAUUAAGGCUCAAUACCACAUAAAAAAAGUGUCAGUGUUCUUGUUAUGUGUUACAGUCGACAGAUAUUUUACAGUACUUUAACAGAGUAAAACAUUAAUGCUAAUUUAAUAAACAUUGAUUCAUAAAAAUGAAUUUUAUGUGACCUAAGAAUGUAAAAUUGUGAAUAUUGGAGUUUUCUACACUUCUAAGUUGUGUUUUAAUCUGGGCUCCAUGUAAUCUGUUAAUUUGUAUGCUUCAUUGCCUUGAAAGGAGUUUUUAUCAAAUUAAAAAUCUAUAUAUUUAGGUACUAUUUAAAGUCACCAGUUUAUUAUUUAUUUCAUACUAAUAUUGAAGCACAUAUAUUUUGUUAUUGUGUAAUUCCAAAGUUAUUUAUAUUUGUGAAUAUGUAAGUGAAAUUACUCUGUGGAUUAUGAUAUUAUUUUUACAUCAAUGUAGUAUUUCUGUAAUUUGAUGAACACACUAUGUAUACAGUUACAUAAUUUCCCCGUAAGAAAAAAAUGACCAUUCUUGAAGUCUGUUUAAUCUUUUUAGUCUGUUGUAUAAAUGUUUAUACUUUACAUGGUUAAGCAAACACUACUUAACUAUGUAAGUGUGCAGGAUGGUAAAAAAUUUAAUUAUGUAUUUUGCCAAACUGAUACACUAACAGGAGUCCUUUUUUUUACCUUAGUUAAAGUUUUUAAAAGAAAACAUAUGUGUGUGUAUGUUUACAAUGUUGACUGGAGGUUAUCAAUGCAGUGCCUGUUAUUGUUAAGAAUCACAUCAGUUGUCACAUCUGUUCCCUUUUGUGAUGGGAGAAAUUCGACACCAUGUAUAUAUGUAUGUAUGUAUGUAUGUAUGUAUGUAUGUGUGUAUCUUUGUCACUUGAACUGUUACAUUUACUGAGACCACAGUGUAAAAAUAUGUAUAUAAAUGUUCUAUGUAAGACAUGUUACAUAAAUGCAAAUUACGAUGGAAACGAAAGGAGAUUUUUGCAUACCCUUUGCAAAUGUAUUUGUUAUUCUGUAAAUAAUAAUAUUUUGCUGUACCUAUUUUAAAUAUUUUUAAAUAAACACUUAGUUGGA